GUUCAAGUAAACUACUUCUACACCUUAUAUAGUCGCAACUGACCCCCAUUAAACGCGUUUUUAUCUUCAUCGUCCUCUUCUCUACCAUGGCUAGGAGCGAGCUUAAUGACAUUGGAGGAUCUGCAGGGAAAGUGAAAAAUACUACUAUGUCAGCUGCUGAUCAAAUGAAGAACUGUGAAACAUAUCGUGAAUGUCCCAAAUGUCAUUAUCAUACCAAUAACAUUGAUGUUUCUGAUGAGUGGCCUGGUUUUCCUGUUGGUUUAAAGUUUGAUCCUUCCGAUGUUGAGCUUUUAAAGCAUUUGGAAGCAAAGUGUUGUGUUGGAAAGAGAGAGCAACACGUGUUUAUUCAUAAGUUCAUCCCAACUUUAGAAGGGGAGCAAGGGAUUUGCUACACUCAUCCAGAAAAUCUUCCAGGUGCUAGGAAAGAUGGGAAUAGUGUCCAUUUCUUUCACAAAACAGUUAAUGCAUAUGCUACUGGGAGAAGGAAGCGUAGGAAGAUUCAUCAUCAAGAUGGUUUGAGUGAGGAGCAUGUUCGCUGGCACAAGACUGGUAGAACCAAAUCUGUGAUAGAAGAUGGAGUUCAUAAGGGCUUUAAGAAGAUCAUGGUCCUUUAUGUAAGACCUAAGGAAGGGUCCAAGACAUAUAAGACCAAUUGGGUGAUGCAUCAGUACCAUCUGGGGAGUGAAGAAGAGGAGAAGAAUGGUGAAUAUGUGGUUUCAAAAAUAUUUUAUCAACAACAGAAGCAUUCUGAGAAGAAUGAGGAGAAUACAGUAGUUGAAGAUUCUAACAUAGCAGCACAAACAGGUCCAAGUACCCCAAAACCAAAUCCCCCUACUCGACCUUGCACAGGAAAAUGUGAUGACAAUUUUGAUGAAAAUGAGCUUCUUUCAUUCAUCCAGGAUGCCAAGCCUAUACCUGGAGAAUUACUUGCGCCACCAUCUGAUGUUCUGGAUGAGGAUAUUAAGGUUGACCCUGCAUGGUUGGCUGAUGAAUCACAGGCUGAUUGUGACUUUCAUGGCUUGGAGGAAAUCUUGUCAAUGUCAGAUUCAUCUGCACUUUUUAAUCAUUCUGGAUUGCCCUCCACUUUGAAUAGCACUGCAAACAACAUGGUUGCACCUGGAAACAAUGAUGAUUAUGCAUCUUCUGGAGUUUCUGUGCUAGACACCCUGGAGAUAGAUACUCCUUCAGAUUUUGAUCUUUGUAAUUUGCAAUUUGGCUCUCAAGACAGCACCCUUCACUGGAUGGACAAGCUAUAAGAUGUUGCUUAUAAGCAACUCUUAGUUGGUUCUGAUGCUUACUCCCUUAGUGUUCUGGGAAACACUUUCAUCUGUUCCAUUCAUUUUUGCCAUUGCUACAUGCUAAGAUAUUGUAUAAAGCUCAAGUUGUCAUGAUUUGGUGCUCAAAAGCACAAGCUUUAUAUGGCUCUAUCAUGUUUCUGCACUGUUGUUGUAACUUGUAUAUGUUGCCAUAAACUGUUAUGCUGGAGUUGCAAAUCUAAAAGUUGACCAACAAACAAACAAUUGAAUUAUUUUGUUUUUCAAGUUCAUUGGUUGUAUGUGAUAAUUGUUUUCAAUUUGUUAAAAAUUAGUACU